AGAAUCAAUUUUACCGUUUACCGUCCAUUUGUGAACAGAAGAAUUAGAGUUUAGGAUAAACUUCACUCAACAGAGAUGAUCUAAACAAUUUUGAGAGGAACACAUUUUCAUAUGACUUUAGUCUCUGCCAACAUUAAAUCAAGGGUCAUAAAAUCAUUAUCCACCACCCUAGACACAUUUAAGUCAUGCAUGCUACCCAAAAUCCCCAAACUACCACUAUACAUAGUACUACUAUGUUCUUAUCCAAUAACAUCACUAUGUGUAACCAUGCAUGACCCCACUUUUUGGACCCAAUCUCCACAUCUCAUCACUCAUCACUCCAACCAACACGUACCCACCCUACAUUUCCAAGUGUCCCUUUCCCCUUCUUUCUCCCUUCAUGUUGCCUCUUUCUCAUAGGUCACUUUUCAUAACCUCUUCAUCAACACUAUACUCUCACCUUAACCUCUCUUCCAAUCUCCCCCCUCUUUAUAACAACCUCUUUUCCAUAACCCUUCACUACCUAGAAUCAUCCAUUCCAACAAGUUUUUCCUUUGGAGAUAUUAAGGUAAUAAACAUAGUACAACAACCAUGAUCAAAACCUUAAGUCCUUACCCAAAUCCGGCUAAAACAGCUGAGAUUAUGUCAAGAUAUAGACCUAUUGCACCAAAGCCAGAAACAUUAUCAAGUAACAACUCAAUGAGUGAUGGAUCCUCUUCAUCAAACUCACUUUCUCAAAAAUUCAAACAAUCUCCUUAUCUUAGGAAUCUUUGGCCACAGUUACAAGCAAGACCAACAAGGACAAGAAAACGAGGUAGAGCUCCUCUUUCACUACCCUCUUCUUUGAAGAGACAAAAAACACAUGUCUUAGGUUUUUGUCAACCUUUGCAUGUAACAUCUCCUAUGAAAAACCUUUCUUUACAAGGUAAUAAUUUUGUUCCUCCAACUUCACUUCCUCAACUUCCUCAUCCAAAUCAUGGAAUUGGAGUUCUCAAUUCCAAUCAUUUGGAGAAAAAUGUGAAUUUGGUUACUCUCCCUCUUCUUCCUUGUUCUCCUAAUUCUCCUUCAUCACCUCAUCAUGAUAAUGCAUCAAAAUUUGAAUUAGAGGUGAUAGAUUUGAACAAAACCAAAGGUGAAAUUCCACAAGAGAUAGACCUCUUGCAACAGCUUCAAAAACCAGCUUCUAUCUCCUCCAAUAAUGUCAUCAAUGUAAUCGCGCCGCAACCGAUUCGACCGAUAGGUUCAUGCAUUAGUGUUGGUUGCAUUAGCAUUAAUGAAGUUUCAAAUAUACCACCUUUGACACAACAAAAACCUAAGAAAUCAGAGGAAUUGGAACAGGAGUUUGAGUCAGAGGAAUUGCCAGCUGUGAUAUCAGACUCAAACAACAGAGUCAGGAUGGUGAAUUCAGCAUACAAACAAAUGGUGGGUCAACCAGAAUGUCCAUGGCUAGAAGUUCAAUGUGGUCCAACAUCCUCAUGCAAGAGGAUUAGUGGUGAGGUAACAUUGCAAAUUUCGGAUUCUUCAAUUAUACCAAUUUCCUCAAAUGGGUUCUCUUGUUGGGUGAGGAUUGAAUGGGAAAAUGAUGGAAAGAAGAAAAAUUGUGUGAAUGCUUUUUGUGAUGUUGUGAGGUUGUCUUGUGAUCAAUCAAGGGACUAUGUUUUCACUUGGAGGUUUCAUACUCGUUCUAGGGAAGCUUCUCAAUCUAGUUGUAAUGCAUGAAAAUUGAAACUUUGCACAUAGUUUGUUUGGAGUGUAAUCUAUAGUGUGAGUAAUUAAUUUCUUUGUUUGUUUGUUAUCUAGUUUGUUGUUUGUUUGUUAUCUAGUUUGUAGAUACUAUAUAUGUGUAUAUAGUAUUAGGGACCAUGUAUAGCUUGUUUUAAUUAAGUUUCUUUUUUUUUUACUUUGAAGUGUACAACAAGUCUUUGUGCUAAAAUUAUGUGAAUGUAUGAAGGAGAAGCUA